GCGGAAGUCAGCGACGUCAUCAAAACAAUGAGACAGGCGGAGGAAAAGCAGCCCGUCAGUGGAUGUGACACGCUUACAAAUACAGAGAAAACAACCCAGCAAGCAGCAGGAAACCAUGAUCCGGCUCCAGCAGCGUGUUUAGUUUGCGCGAUUCAACUGGACAGCAGAGUUUUGUGUAUUUUUUCUCUCCCUUCCCGAGUCCUCCGAGGCAGCCACCAUGGUGAAACAGUCGGACCAAGCCCCGCUGCUGGACUGGGAGGAGAUCCCACAGCCCGAUCCGAACCAGGCGGCCCAGCCACCGCCGCAUCCGCCACUUCGGGAGGAGGACGCACCCGUGGAGAAAAGUUCGCAGCCAGCCGGGCGCCGCACACCGACAGGGACCGCGGCUGGUACUGGGUGGAGCACCAGCAGUAGCACCACAGUCACCACAAUCACCUGCAGCCCGACGAAGAGUGUAACAGCUGUUGUUGCCAGCAGGAAUGGAAGCCCUGGUCGUCGGCUAACGGAGCUCUGUGGGCACGGGUGGGAUCGCCCGGAGCCUCUCGGCUCAGAUCGCAAUGUUCCCUUUCCCGGCCUCUCGGUGAGGGAUCAGUGGGAGGAAAAAGACCAGAUCGUGGCUGUGUUUGUGGUUACCUUUAAUACAAGAUCAGGGAAUAUGGUAGAGUGGUGUCUUCCUCACGACAUCAACCUAGACGGAGUUGAGUUCAAGUCAAUUGCCAGCGGUUCCCAUCGGAUCACCAGCGACUUCAUAUAUUUCCGUAAAGGUUGUUACUUUGGGCUGGCCUGUUUUGCUAACAUGCCUGUGGAGAGUAAGCUGGAGCGAGGAGCGAGGAUGAAGUCUGUGGGAAUUCUGUCUCCCUCCUACACCCUGCUUUAUCGCUACAUGCACUUCCUGGAGAACCAAGUCAGACACCAGUUGCAGUGUCCGGGGCAGUAUUCUCCACUGGAGGCUUUCUAUGAGGAUAAGAAGGCCGUCCUUCCCCCAACAGCCAAUGGUCUGGUCACUGCGUGUCCAACCUGGAGUGUUACCAGCAUCAACCGCUGUAUGCACCCAGAAAUGAAGAUCACGCACCCAGCUGGCUGCAUGUCUCAGUUCAUCCAGUUUUUCGGAGAGCAGAUAAUGGUGCUGUGGAAGUUCGCACUGCUAAGGAAACGGAUCCUCAUCUUCUCCCCUCCACCUGUAGGUGUGGUCUGCUACAGAGUGUAUUGCUGUUGCUGCCUGGCUAAUGUCUCUUUACCUGGAAUCGGUGUCUCUGUGCCUGAAUUACGGCCUUUCUUCUACAUCAACAUAGCCGACAUCCCCGUCCUGGAAACGGAGCUGUCAUACGUUGCCUGCACCACAGAGAAGAUUUUCGAGGAUAAGAAGGAUCUGUAUGACGUUUAUGUCGAUAACCAGAAUGUGAAAACGCACAGAAGCCAUUUGCAGCCGCUGCUCCGACUGAACGCGGCGGAUAAGGAGAAGUACAGGAAACUGAGCGAACAGAGGCAAAUGUUACUGUACUCUCAGGAGGUGGAUGGAGACUGCACAUCAAAUGAAGAGGAUCUCUUCGUUCUGUUCUUCAUGGAGCUGAAUAACCGCAUCUUCCAGACCCUGUCAGACAUAGCAGCGAGCACCGAUCCCAUCCUGACCGCUGAGCACGUGAGGGCCAUGGGGCUGGAUCCCCAGGGCGAUCGCUCCUUCCUGGUCGACCUGCUGGAGGUGUACGGUAUUGACGUCACGCUGGUCAUAGACAACCUCUGCUGCCACUGAGCGCCACUGAGCCCCCCUCAGCCUGGGAAACUCGGAACGCCACUGGAUAUUUGCGCCUUCCUGUCCCACACACACUAAGACACCGAAGACACUGCCUCCACCCUGGGACUUCCAUCUGUCGCCUGCUGUCCCCUCCUGGGUGUCUGUUUUCCCUCUGUGUGUCUCAUCUGACCUGUGGAGACUGUUUCCACACAGUGUGGAUGAUGAGGACACUAAACAUUGGUGCACUAGUCCACAGUGGCUGAUAAACACUUGCCUAGCAGACUGUACCGCUUGGUAGCCGCGUGGUCUUAUACUGUAGCCGUUCACAUCUCAUGUCACUCGUUUGCUUGUUUGACUUUGACUCCGGCUGUAGUGGCCGGGGCUGAAACACUGGAUAUAAGUAUGGAAGUCUUGAUCGUGUCUGGUCAUCACAGCAGGAUGAUUGGUCGCUCUCCACUGCACCCGUCACAAUAAAGAAGUCAUUGAAACAUUUGCAAUCCUGCAGCUUUGGUGUCCACUGAAGAAAAGAUUCAUAUCAUGGAGGUUUCUACUGCUGGAAAUGAGUUUGUGUGCUUCAAAUAGAUUUUUAUAGAAGAUUCUAGGCGUCAUAAUGUGCAACCAAUUUGUCCUACUGUAAUAACAUACUGUAAUAACAUACUUGAUGAUUUAUGUUUAGUAAAUCGAAUGAUUUUUGACUAAUUUAAUUCCCUUUCAAAAAGGAAGCAAUAGGAGUAGAGAUGCAACGAAAUAAUUCAACUAAAAUAAUUCUUAAUGCAAAAAAUGCUGUUUUCUGCCUCAAGUAAGGAGAUUUGAUGCUUUUCUGUUUUGCAUCAGAUUAAACUGAGGAUCUUUUGGUUUGGGACUGACAAGACAAGACAUUUAAAGACAUCACCUUGGAAUUUGAGACACUGGGAUGGAUAUUAUUCUGACAUUUUAUAGACAAAUAAUUAAUCUAUUAAUCUAGAAAACAAUCGGCAGAUUAAUCGAUAAUGAAAGUAAUUGUGAGUUGCAGCUAUAGAAGCGUGUGCGUGUGCGUGUGUUAGUUGAAAUUCCUUAUGUAUAUUUGUUUUUACUAUUUCUUUCAGACUUGUAGAUUUUUAUUUUUUUAUUUUUUUUUAUAUAAUAAUGGGGAUGGUUAAUUAUGAUGAUGUCUCACAGAAUGAGAAUGGAGAAGCUAUUAAAUACUUUGUUCACCUUUUUCAUGCACCUUUAACACGAGGCAGAUCUGAUAACGUGUCCGAUUAGUCAAAGUUAAGGAAAAGGAGGCGUCCUGGAAACCUUUUGUUGUGUUACAUGUAACGCUGAGGCUCUUGAAUUGUCAAUGAAUAUGACUCUAUAACACUAAUGUAUCAUGAAUGCUGCACCAUGUCUACCACUGGACUAUUUCCUGAUGCACAUAGUGAUCAUGCUUAACUACCUUUUUUUAAUGCUAUGACUGUCUGAGCCAGAAAAUGGUUGUGGAGUGAAGAGUCUGUGAAGGUUUGUAGUGUCCUUGUUGAUCCGCUUCAGAGAGAUUCCCUUUGCUUGUCUGUGUCUCUCACAAAGAUCUCUUUGUGUUAUUUGUGUUGCUUGGUGUCUCAGUCUUUUCAUCACAGUCCCAUCGAGU